UUAUAUAUCAAUCGUUAAACCUCUAACGAGCCGUCAGUAGUCUUCCGUCUCCCGACCGUUCCGUCUCGCGCGCGUAUAUUCACUGCACGCCCGGCCCGUUACCGCCGCCGCCGCCGCAGCUCGCGUAUUAUACACGAUAUUAUUAUAAUAAUAUAUCAUACAGCGGUAUACAGCGGUAACGGUAUAGGCAGGUAUAUAACAUCAUUAUAUUAUUGCUACCGCGUUUACUACCGUCCGCCGCAGUGAUGCUGCACGGCCGCGCCGGACCGCCCCGCGCCGCCCUGCAGAGACGACGGUAGAGCCGCACCGAAGACCGCGACAAUUAUUUGCGAACAAAGUGCCUACCUACACAAUAUAGGUUAUUACCUAUAUACCAGUAAUUGCAUGUAGGGAAGACGAAGACGACGACGACGACGACAUUCGUAUAAUUAUAUAAAAUGUGGCGGCUACUGUUGAUGGGAACGCUGCUCCAGUCGACCGGAAUAGUCGUCCAGUGCAGGAACAUCAAUCUGAUAUUGCCCAGCGUACCGGACGUCCUACACCCUCCGGUGCCGUCCUCCCAAGCCGGAUAUGAUAUAAGAGGAGAUGAUGUAGAUGGUCUCCAGUCUGAGGAGGACAUGGAUCCGGAGGUAAGACCUGGCCUAUUUCAAGGGGACAUGGCAAUGAACAACGAGAUUUUUGAUUAUUGGCGGGUCGGCCUACGAUGGGACAUUUUCCCGGAGAAACUUUGGCUCAACCGCACCGUGCCGUAUUUGAUCAGCCCGCUUUACGAAACCGAACACCGGAUUCUGAUAUACCAAGCCAUCAGGACGAUCAACUUUCUGACUUGCAUCAAAUUCGUACCGUGGACCGGCAAAGAAAAGGACUAUUUGCUGAUAUGGCCUGUGAAAUAUCCUUCUGGGUGUUGGUCGUACGUGGGCCGUUACGGGGGACCGCAAAUUGUGUCUCUGCAGCCACCGGACGAAACUGGAGCCAAUUGCUUAGGUACCGACGGACGACCUAUUCACGAAUUAUUACAUGCUCUAGGCGUUUUCCACGAGCAAUCCAGAUCUGACCGUGAUAAAUUUGUUAAGAUUAAUUUCGAAAACGUCAUACCACAAUACCGUUCUAAUUUUGAUAAACAGAGUUUGAAAAACACCACUUAUCAGUUUGAAUAUGAUUACGACAGUGUCAUGCACUAUGGCAAAAACUUUUUCAGCAUUGGCAAAGGAAAGCAAACCAUUGUUCCAAAGAUGGAAGGUAAAACGAUCGGGCAGAGAAAAAUGAUGAGCAAGACGGACUGCUUGAAAAUAAACGAUUUGUACGGAUGUCUAGGGACUCCGCCAAAUUACAAUUAUAAAUACUAUACAUUAUGUAAUUAUAUGGGUCUUUAAUUGGCAAUUGUAUUUAACAACCAGAAAAAUAAACGUUAAAAAAAAUUGUA